AUGCUUGAUUUUGAAGCAAAACGGAAUGCUCUGUUUGCAUGUCUUGAUGAUGCCAGCAGUGAACUAAAGGGUACCAGUUUGGAUCAAACAAAUGCGAUGAAAAAUCCCCUGAAGCGCAGCUCGUCUGGCGAUACAGAACUGGUGUACAGAAAUUCCAGCAAAAGCCCACAUAAAAAUGUGUCUUCUGUCGACCGUGCCCUCAAGAAUCUGCGUGGUAAAGAGAGUAUAUUCAAAAAACCAGAACUUCCCAUAUCGAGAUGUCUAAAGCCUCGAUCAUUGCCAGAUUUUAAGGUAAAUCCUCACAAAUGGAAGAAAUACUCUUUGGAAGAUGUUGACAUAUCAGAUCACACAAAUACAUCGGCUGCAUUUGAAUUUCUACGAGAAAUUGAUGCUCGCAAGGAAACUGAUGAUGAUGGUGUUAGCGAAGACCGAGAAACUAUAUUGACAAAGAAAAUUGAGUUUAAAAAAUCCAGUAAAAUAAAUCGUAACAUUAAGACAUUGCAAUCGCAAGAACAACAGGACGUAGAAGUAGAUUCACCAAAGUUGAAGGGAUCAAAGCUGGUAAUGCCCGAAUAUGUUAUUGGUGGUUCGAAGAAAAAGGUAGCCAAGGCGAAGAAUACAAAACAAGACAGAGCUGCGGGCAAACUAAAGUUAUCACAUUUACAGGAAGAAGACGAAGAUGAUGAAUAA